UCAUCAGGUUCGGAGUUAUGGGAAAGGGAGAUCCCGUGGCCCCAUGUUCCCCUGCCGCCCCUGUGCAUGAACAGGCCAGGCAGGGGAGGAAGCAAAGCUCCGGCCCAUCGCGCUGUUUUUUGGGGGGAUGGGAGGGUGGCAAUGAGGACAGCAGAGGCGAGGGGAUGCAUUUACCUUCCAUUUCAUUGGGAGAAACCCUGCGGAGUGGGGGAGCUUUGGAAAGUAGCCGUAACUUUUUCUUCCAAGGGCUGGACCGUGCUUGGAGAGGCGCAAAACUUCUUCAAGUUCGGAGUCCUGGAAAAUGGGGAGCCCCUUGUCCCAUGUUCCCCUGCCGCCACUGUGUAUGCACGGGGAAGGCAGGGAGGAAAUCAAAAGUUACGGUCCCGCUGCGCUGCCUCCAGAAGGAAAAUCGGGACCGCCAAAAAGGUCGGGCCCAUUCAGGAUUAGGCGAAAAGUUGAGAAACCUCUUUCCAGGAGUUGCCUGCAUCAAAACAUCAUGUUAGAGAGAAGAUGGAAGGACAAUACCCACCAGAUGCAGGAGUUGGAAAAGGUCCUCCAGCCACUCAGCCUUGGAGCUGUGGGGAAAAUGAGGCAAGUUCUGGGCAGAAGAGCCAAGAAGAGGAAGCCAACAGUUCAGAGGUUCAGUGCUAUCACUUCAGCAAAGUGCAGUUCCAGGGGGGGAAGAGUCCCCGAGAUAUUUGCACUCAGCUUCACCACCUUUGCCGUCAAUGGCUGCAGCCGGAAACACACACGAGGGCUCAGAUGCUGGACUUGGUGCUCCUGGAGCAGUUCCUGGCUGUCCUUCCCCCAGAGAUGGAGAAAUGGGUGCGGGAGUGUGGAGUGGAGACCAGUUCCCAGGCGGUGGCCCUGGCUGAAGGCUUCCUCCUGGCCCAGGAGUCUGAAAAGAUCCAGAAAUCCUUGGAAGAUAUGACAGAAUAUCCCAAGGGGAGGAAGGAUUCAUUCAAAUCUUCCCAAGAGCUGCUGUUCAGGGAGACCUUAUGCAAAGAUCAAAGUCAGAAUGCCACUCCAGAGAGUAGAAAGCUGUCCUUGGAAUUUUUUGAAUCAGUUCCCCUUUGUGGUGAAUCUGGGAGAUUGGCUGAACCGCUACUUCAGGGUGGUGUGUCUUUUGAGGACGUGGCUGUGUAUUUCUCCGAGGAGGAGUGGUCUCAACUGGAUGCUAACCAAAAAGCGCUCCAUGGAGAAGUCAUGCUGGAGAAUUCCAGGAAUCUGUUUUCUCUGGGCUAUAAUGGACAGGAGAAUAAGAAUUGCAUGGAGGAAUUCCAAACGACCCAUUCAAAAGAGAGGAAAAGGAAGCGAUAUCAAUGCAAGGAGUGUGGAAAGUGCUUUAGCAGGAAAAACGUUCUGAUUCACCAUAAAACUAUCCAUACACAGGAGAAGUUAUAUCAGUGCAUGGAAUGUGGGAAGACCUCUUAUUAUAACUCUUUUAUAAUCCAUCAAAGGAAUCACAAAGGAGAAAGGCCUUAUAAAUGCAUGGAGUGUGGAAAGACC